UUUAUUUUUGGUAUCAUGUUACAUUUUCCAAAAACAUAACCGUGUGCUUUAUACAAGGACCAUCGUUUGCAUCUGUACUUCUGUUUGAAGUCAAAAUACUUCUUUGAUUGACAUUUUUAAAGACUUUAAAAAGGUGGAUUUCCUGGGCAUUAUGUGCCUUUAAACAGUUUUGUAGCAGAAUACUAGUCUAAGUCAACAUUUCUUCAAAUAAUAAACUAUUUAUGAAUGAUAAGCGCACAAACAGAUGGAGGGUUUGAGGGAGAAUCUACCUACAACGCAACAUUGAUUUUAAUUCUCCAAGAGGAUUUUAUUUUAUUCAAUUAACAGUUCCAGACCGUUCAAAGUCGUCAUGGAGUUAAUAAAUAAAAGAAUUCUGGCAUUUGUAAUAUAUGUUUCGAUAACAACAAUUUACUGCAGCGCUAAUUUUCGAAUUUCAAAAUGGAAUACGUGUCCCCCGGAAGAAAGUAAAUUCCUGUCGCUGGAGAAAAUUUCUCUAGAAGUCUGUAUUGACGAGUGUUUUAGAAGAAAUCAUUGCUUUGCGGCCGGAUACAAGCGUUUGUAUACUUUAUGCGAGCUUUACACGGAGUUUACGCCUGCAUCAACUAACCGUGGGCACUGUGUGAUUGUGAAGAAAGACGACAUUCAGAGCCCGGAUGAAUCAAUAAAUGCGGAUCAAAGCAAUGAAUGCGGCGAGUGGCAAGCGAAUCAGUCCACCGGAACCGAAAGCACGUGUUCGAAACAAGAAUGUCAAAGACAAGAGAUUUUGGAAAAUGAGGUUCAUCAAGGUAAUAUGAAUGAGAUAGGCUCCAAGAUUGUCUCAUGUAAACGAAAUGGAAAUGGCGUGGUAGAUGUCCAGGCGCUAGAAUGCUCGUCUAGCGGGGAAUGGGAAAUUAGUUCAACAGUAGACCGGUGUUCGUCAGUGGUUGCUCGGAUGACUCAACUGUAUUGUUCACAGUCAAAAAUACAAAUAUUCACCACCACGAUGUCACAACCUGACGCCGCAGAAUUCUGCUCAACUGUUGGCGGGAAAUUGGUCAAAAUCGACGAGAAAUGGAAAUUCGACGCUAUUCAAGCACUAAUACGUGACUGUCCAGGUCUAAAUACUGGCCAGUACUGGGUGGAUGGCUACAACGAAAGAAACAAAGUAGAUGAUUGGAAAUUUUCAGACGAUACUUUGGUCCCCAUGGGAAAACAUUUCUGGAAAGAUAAAGCUCCAAAUGGACAGAAAGGUGAUCCAUCUUGCAUGCGUAUGGUACGUCACAGUGAUGAUAGAAUAGGAGACCAUCGUUUCGACGAUAUUGAGUGCUGGAAAACCUUUCACUUUAUAUGUGAACAAAAUUAACAUACAUUAUGUCGUUGGGAACAAACCAAAUGCAAGUGUAUCGUGAUUAGUUCACUUUGGUUGGUUAAACAAAUUUAACACAGUGAUAUUUGCAUGUAUAAAAACCCAAACAUGAUGUCAUACCGUACCCGGGAUAUGUUUUCUAGAAAUCCGUUCUUUUAAUAUAAUCUCUGUACAAUACUAAUUUUGUUCAAAAAGAAGUCUGAGCUGAAAUAUCCUUUAUUAAGGCAGG